UAAAAAUCAAAAACUAAAAUCAAAUUUCCAAUUCUAUCUUUCUUUUGGUUUUGUAUCUAUCUGUGUACGUAUAGACGUACGUAUAUAUAUAUAUACGGUUCGGCGGGUCGGGGGUUGCGAAUCUGGUCAGAUCAAAUCGGAAGAGCCAUGGCGGAUGACAAGUACAACCUGAAAAACCCGGCGGUGAAGAGGAUUCUGCAGGAGGUCAAAGAAAUGCAGUCCAAUCCUUCUGACGAUUUCAUGAGCCUGCCUCUCGAGGAGAAUAUAUUCGAAUGGCAAUUUGCAAUCAGGGGCCCUCGUGAUUCUGAAUUUGAGGGCGGUAUUUACCAUGGUCGCAUACAGUUGCCUGCAGAAUAUCCAUUCAAGCCUCCUUCUUUCAUGUUGUUGACGCCAAAUGGUCGUUUUGAAACCCAAACCAAGAUUUGCUUGAGCAUAUCAAAUCAUCAUCCUGAGCACUGGCAGCCAUCAUGGAGUGUGCGAACUGCUUUGGUUGCACUUAUUGCAUUCAUGCCUACCAAUCCAAAUGGUGCAUUGGGUUCGCUAGACUACAAAAAGGAAGAAAGGCGUGCAUUGGCCAUUAAAUCUCGUGAAACACCCCCAAAAUUUGGAACUCCCGAACGUCAAAAGUUAAUUGACGAGAUUCAUGAAUAUAUGCUCAGCAAGGCACCCCCUGUACCUCAAUCCAGCCCCUCACAGGCUCUAGAGGAAAACUCACCAAAGAGUGAGGAUGAAGCUCAAAAAAGCUCCGUAGAUGAUGGGGCAGCACCAGCUUCAGAAAGUCUCCCCAAUCCACCAGCAGGAGACGUUAUUGUUGAACGAGUGCUGGAAGCCCCCGUGAAUCCUAACCCCGGCCGUGUGAGUGUGAGGGCAGUAAGGGAGGUUCCUCCAACGAGCACCAGCAAUCAGAUGCUGCAAACGAGGGUUCAAAAACCUGCUGACGAUCGCUUGUUCACAUGGGCUGCUGUGGGACUUACCCUUGCAAUUUUGGUUCUUUUGUUGAAGAAGUUUAUGAAAUCUAGUGGGCCCGGUGCUGUUUUUAUGGACGGUUCGUAGAUUUUGAUAGGAGCUAUGGCUGGCUUGAAGUGAAGGUUGCAUGCAAAUCGCGUAGAUAACUAAAGUUUUUUAUUUGAAUUGGAAGAAUCUGUAUUAUAUUUCCAAACUAGCAUCUUAAUGUACCCGUUGUUUUUGGUGAAUCUGAAUGUACCCGUUGUUAGUAAUUAAUAAAUCUUGAUAUGCAUAUGUUUCUA